AUGGCAAGUCUCGCAAGCGCUCAUGCUGGUGUUGUUGCUGCGCCUGUCUGGCGAGGCUGCUUGGGCCUCACUCGCUUCAGCUUCCUGGAGCUUGACGAGUGCCAUGUGGCCUGGACGCUCCCUCGCGCGGACGCUGCGGGGCGUGUUGUCCGAUACGCGAUGUGGAAUGAAAGCCGACAGGGUCGCUUGCCAUGGAAGGUUCUGGUGUCACUUAGGCGAGCUCUCCUGGGCAGGUGUUUGAACCUUCAGUCGGCUUGCGUGUCGAACACUUUGAUUCGAGCAGCGCAUCAGGUUUUGACUUCUCGAAUGCUCCGGGGGUUUGGUGAGCAUUCUCUUCUCGCGAUCGACGAUUUUGGUGACGAAACCUGGGAGUUCGACCAGCCAAUGGAGGCGCCCGCGGAUAACGACAUUUUCCACGCGCCUCUGGACACGUCUCUUUUGGCCGGAGAAUGUGAGUAUGACGGAGAUUCUGAGGUUUGCAGUUCCCAUUCCAUGGAAGCAGAGAGACGGGCUUCUUCUGAGGAGGGGGACGCGGUUUCUUUCGGUGUGCAGUACGUGGACCAUGUGGACCUACAGACUCCGCCGCGACGGUUGCGUGUCAGCGCCCGCUCGUGGACAGAUGCCGACCUGGACCAUUACCGUUCACAUGAAGAGACAGACGCAUCGCAGUCGAAUGCUGCUGCCAUGGCUGACGCUGACGCGGAAGUCGAUGCAGAUGCCUGCAGUUUUGUGUCCGCAGACAGCAUCCACAGCUGGUCUUCUUUCGCUGGACUGAGUGAGGAUUCCAAUUUGGCUGACCGUGCGAUCGACCGUAGCAUUGCCGAGCACAUGGCUAGACAGGCGCUGGAGGAGGAAGCGGUCGCUGAGCGUCCGCCUGCCACGCGGGCGUCCAAGUAUGGGCGCUGCCCGCAGCAUGAUAGGCCAUUGUUUCCGAUUUGUCAUUCUAGUGGUCCUUCCAGGGGGUUUGCAACACUCCGCUGCCCUCUUUGGAAACAGCAGCACGCGGGUAAGAGACUCUGGUUCUCCCAGCGAUAUCAGGGAGACGAAGGCCUUUUGCCUGCUGCCGUCCGAGAAGCGCUGCGUGAGAAUCGCAGCACCGUUACAUGGCAGUUGCAACACGGAAGCCGUGUUGCUUGA